AUGUUUUCUCAUGACGACCAUGUCCAAGAAUAUUCUUCUAAGGUCAAUCGUGAUUCUUCAUUGGAGUUGGAGCUCUGUUUAGGGUCAUUGAGAAGGCAGUUGAAAUCGUGUCAACUCAAAACGUCAGGUUCUAUAUCUAUUGAAAUCAGAUGCUCGUCACGCUUACACAUUGAACGCUUGUUACACUCGAUGCCCAUUUUUGCUCAGUUGAUCAUACAAAACGUCAGCAAGGUUGCUGCUGGCUGUAGCGAAACUUUAAAAUAA